UACAUCACGCAAACAAAAAGACUCCGUCUUCUCUCUGUCGCUCAGACACACUCAGCUCACUUCGCCUUUCUUUAGCAGGCAGAUAAAAUCAUACCAAAACCAAGCUCUUCCCUUUCCCUUCCUCACCAAACAUCCCCAUCCCUCCCAUGAACUUAAACUCCAUAGCCUGACCUUCCUUCCUUCCUCUUCCAUCUUCCAUCCCUUCCUGCACUUCCUUCAGCAUUUAAUGGAGGAAGAGACGACGUUGGCAUUCAAGUCCAAGAGCAGCAGAUUCUCAAGAACCAUCCACAGGGUCAUCAACCUCCGGUCCAAGGACAAGAAUGGCGGCGGCAACAAGAUCGGCAUUUGCAUCCUCCCCUCUUCCCACGACAACAAGUCCCUCAAGGAAGAGACUUACCGGGACAAGGCCGAAGACGACCUCAAGGCGAAGCACCGGGCCGUCCUCGAGGCCGUCGUCGCCAGGCUCUUCGCCGGCGCCAGCACCAUCAAGGCCGCCUACGCCGAGCUCCAGCUCGCCCAGUACCCCUACGACGGGGAGACCAUCCAGGCCUCCGACCAGGCCGUGGUCGACGAGCUCCGGGCCAUAUCGGAGCUCAAGCGGAAGUUCCUCCGGCGGGAGCUCGACAUCUCCCCGCAAGUGACCCUCAUGCUCGCGGAGAUUCAGGAGCAGCAGAGCCUUUUGAGGACGUACGAGAUCACGAUCAAGAAGCUCGAGGCAGAGUCCGACGCCAAGGACUUGGAGAUCUCCGCGCUGAGGGAUCAGCUCGGCGCGGUGGUUUCUGGGAACAAGGCUAUCGAGAAGAGGCUCAAUGCGAGCGGGUGUUUAUCGCUUUUCGACAACUUCAGGUUCGGUUCGUUGGGUCCGGCGCAUUUCGUGCAGGUUCUGCACUUCGCGCUGCGUUCCGCGAGGAGCUUCGUUAAGGUGAUGGUGAAGGAGAUGGAGUCCGCGAAGUGGGAUCUCGACGAGGCGCUCAAGUUUAUCGAACCGGAGGCGAGCUUCGCGAAGCCGAGCCAUAGGAUUUACGGGUUCGAGUCGUUCGUCUGCAAGUCCAUCUUCGAGGGAUUCAAUUUCCCCAACUUCAUGCUCCCGACAACAGAGUACUCUGCCAAGAAACAGGGGCAAGCCCAGCAGCAUUUCUUCGACCAGUUCAAGAAGCUCAAAUCCGUAAACCCGAAGCACUCCAUCGCGCAAAACCCGAACUCCUCGUUCGCCAAAUUCACGAGGGCGAAGUACCUGACCCUGGUCCACGCCAAGAUGGAGUGCUCCUUCUUCGGGAACUUGGGCCUCCGGAAGCUCAUAACUUCGGGGGGAUGCCCCGCCGAUUCGAGCUUCUUCACAGCCUUCGCGGAGAUGUGCAAGCGGGUCUGGGUCCUGCACUGCCUCGCCUUCUCAUUCGACGAGGAAGUUUCAAUCUUCCAAGCCAAAAGGAAUUCGAGAUUCUCCGAGGUGUUCAUGGAGUCCGUGACCGAGGAUGUCCUCUGCUCGGAUAGCAGCGGGGACUCCGAGAUCAGUGGCACCGAUGGGGACGAAGACAUUCAGGUUGAGUUCACGGUCGUGCCCGGCUUCAAGAUCGGCCGGAACGUUGUGCAGUGUCAGGUAUACUUGUCUCCGGUGGCUGCUCCGGUGAGUAGCUGACCUUCACUAGAUGUAAAUUGUAUACUUCUCUACAUGUAAAAUCAAGAUAGCCGUAUAGAGCUCUUCAAUGUAAUCCUAAAAAUCCUCCUAAUCACCGCCAAUGGCAGUAGAUGUAAUUACAUCAAUAUCUACUGUCAUUUUGUUUAAGCGAGUAUUAGGAGAAUUUUUAGUCACACGAUUUAGGGGACAAAUGAUUUUCUUGCAAUAUAUUAUCAACCAAGCUAGAAAUUCAGAGGCA